AUGAUGCGAGUGCAGGGGAUAAGGAAUUUACUGCUAGCGCUGGCCGUGAUCGGCUCGCUGGGCAUCGAUGGCGGCCGGGCGGCCUCCGUGGGCAGGGAGCGGCGCGUGCAGACGAGCGCGACGAGCAUGGGACCCGCGCAGCGCAGUGGCGAGCCACUGUGGCACACCACAUUCGACUCGAACGACCAUGGCAAGCAGCUGGAGCAGCCCGAGGCGGACUAUGCCGACCUAGCGGAGCUGGCACCGGCCCUGAGGCAGAACCUGUUGCUGGUGAAUGUGCCCGCCGUGGCGGAGAGGGAGUCGCCCAGCCAGCCGGACGAGUCACGUCGCUUCCAUUUCCUCAAAAGGCACAAAUUCGAGGACAAGAACGGGACUCUGUUUUGGGUGAACAACACCAAUAUCAACAACGCGCCCACCGAAGCCCCCCCAGAAGGCGGCACGCGCUAUGUGGUCCGCGAAAUCGUGCGCACUCCUCAGGUGAUGCCGAUGCCGAUGUCGAUGUCGAUGCCGGUGCAGUACUUCGAGAUGCGUCAGGGCCAGCAGCCGGGCCUGGCUCUGCCCUACAAUCUGAUCGACCACGGCUCCGCCCAGAUGUACGGCAACGGCGCCAGCAGUGCGAACGUCUUCGCUGGCUACAAUGGCCUCAGUCGCCUCAGUGCUCUCGGCGGUGCAGUGCCCCUGGUGCCCGUCAGCCUCGGCAACAAUGCGGUCGGCUAUGUGCCCCUCAACCUGCGCAUGCUGCGCCAGCUGACAGCAGACGCUGACUCUGGCCCCCUGGCCAUUCGCGAGGGUGAGGACGAUGCGUCGCUAGUCAUGGAUCCCCUCGACUCGGAUCAGCCGAAGAGCACAGCCGACACAGCACUACCCAGCACCGACAUACCCAAAAUGGGCGAUGCUCGCUUCCCGCUGCUGGGCCAGCGUCUAAGGCAGCGGCCGGCGCUCGCAGCUGCCACUGAGAGCAGGAAUCCCCUGGCGGCCUUCGCCAAGAACAUUCGCCGCAUCCAGUACCUCUAG